CUUUGCUGCUCGCCUCGCGUUGCUUGAAGGCGCCGAGUGUGAGCGGUAGCCGGGCUGUUCCGUGGGCUUAUACCCCUCCUGGCGGGGCGGCCGCCACCUCUCCAGGCCGUCACUAUGCAGACCUUUCUGAAAGGGAAGCGGGUGGGCUACUGGCUGAGUGAGAAGAAGAUCAGGAAGCUGAAUUUCCAGGCCUUCGCCGAGCUGUGCCGGAAAAGAGGAGUAGAAGUAGUACAGCUUGAUCUCACCAAACCCAUUGAAGAUCAGGGCCCUUUGGAUGUGAUCAUACAUAAACUGACAGAUGUCAUCCUUGAAGCAGACCAGAAUGACAGCCAGUCACUGGAGUUGGUUCACAGGUUCCAGGAGUAUAUUGAUGCUCAUCCAGAAACCAUUAUCCUGGACCCUCUUCCAGCUAUUCGUACACUUCUGGACCGAUCCAAGUCUUAUGAGCUAAUUCGGCAAAUAGAGGCAUACAUGCAAGAUGAAAGGAUCUGUUCACCACCCUUUAUGGAGCUGACAAGUGCCUGUGGAGAAGAUACCUUGCAGCUUAUAGAGAAGAAUGGACUGGCAUUCCCAUUCAUUUGUAAGACAAGAGUGGCCCAUGGAACCAACUCUCAUGAGAUGGCGAUCAUCUUCAACCAGGAGGGCCUGAAGGCUGUUCGCCCCCCUUGCGUCAUCCAGAGCUUCAUCAAUCACAAUGCUGUGCUGUAUAAAGUCUUUGUGGUUGGAGAAUCUUACACAGUGGUGAAAAGGCCAUCUUUAAAGAACUUCUCUGCGGGAAUUUCAGACAGAGAAUCAAUAUUUUUCAACAGCCACAAUGUUUCAAAACCAGAAUCUUCAUCCGUCUUAACAGCACUGGAUAAAAUCGAAGGAGUAUUUGAGCGGCCAAAUGAUGACGUCAUCCGGGAAAUCUCUAAGGCUCUGCGGCAAGCUCUGGGAGUUUCCCUUUUUGGAAUUGAUAUCAUCAUUAACAAUCAGACUGGGCAGCAUGCAGUCAUUGAUAUAAAUGCAUUCCCAGGUUAUGAGGGUGUUUCCGAAUUUUUCACAGAUCUCCUGAACCACAUAGCUGCUGUCCUACAGGGUCAGGCACCUGAGGUGACCCAGCUAAACCGUAGCAAGCUCCUGGCAGAGCAGACCAGCGGGAUCAUGGACGAGCGGAUAUGCUGCACUAGCACAGGCUGUCUCAGCGUCAUGGGAAAAGACUCCUCCUGGAUUGUGGAAAGUGAGACCAACAGCUCAGUAAAACUGCAACACCAGAGACUAGGCUGCAACUCAGCAGUGUCCCCCAGCUUCCAGCAGCACUGCGUCGCUACCUUGGCAACAAAAGCUUCUUCUCAAUAACUUGCCAAUGCCAUGGACUGAGAAAAGCCACAGAGAUAGAAAUUGUGGUCCCAGAACUAGAUCAGGCCGUAACAACACAAUUGCAAAAAAACCUAAAAAAAAAAGGAAAAAGAAAAACAACGAAUAUGACAAAACACAACACAAAAAGGCAAAAUAAAAAAACCUUACCAUUUGAUUUUACCUGAUUUGCUGAUGAAAUGGACUGAAAGGAGGAGAGCACAGAAGUGAUUCAGAUCCAUUUCAUCAGAUUCCAGUUGCAAAUCUGUAGUGAGUUUACACACAUGUGGGUUUUAACACUAGUCCUUUCAUUGUGGGAGGGUUGUUCUUUCAUUUCCAUUGUUCUUUGUAAUCACUGGUGACCAGCAUUUUAAAAUCAGACCUCAUGAUAUCAAGAAGAUAAUAAUGAUGAAAUGUAGUGUCUGAAUGUAACAGUGCUAGAGAUUUCUGCCUAAAAUAUUCCCUAUCCCCUUUUUCCAGGUAGGCCAUUGCAAAAGAAAGGUAAGACAGCUUCAGUAUCACUAAACAAAGUCUCUUACAACAUUGACCAGACAAGAUGUUGACAGGUAGCUUGCUGUGAAGCUGCAGCACUUUGAUGCAGAACAGAGGUGACCACCCUGGUUCCAACUUCCCAGUUCUUUACCUAAGCCUUACUGCUUCAGUCAAAAGCAGCUUCUAACCAUGCCUACAUAGCAUCAGUGACACAUAUUUGAUCCAAACAGGGUGCUGAUAGUUAGGUUGAGUGAUUUAGUAGAUUAAUUGACAUUAAUCCUUUCAAUAAUCUGCUUAGAAGAGCUAAUGGAAGCAGCUCAUUCCAUAGCAGUGAAUUUAAUUUUUUGUCCAUUGCACUUGUGAGGACUCUGGGACAGUUCUGUGAGAAGGCUGGCAAUCAGAGCCAUGGAUUUUCCUUGGAGAGUGCAACUGCUCCGUGCUGCUGUGGUGUUUUUUUCUUUUUCUUUUGCAAAUUAGGUAAGCUGAGUUGUGUACCUUUGGAUGUGGUAGAAGUACAUGACAGCUCUAGCUUAGAGACCAAAUUAUUUUGUGGCAAGCUGCCAGAUGAGGCAUGCAGUAAUUUACAAUAGUACUUUAUAUGAUUUGUAAACUAUAGCAAAGGCAAUUUGUAUCUCUUGAGAUAUGCAGUAAACCUGUACUGUUCACCUUCUGUUGCCUCUUCCAGCAAGGCAGCAUCUUCUGCUGCUGACAAUUCCUGCCACUUUUGCCAAUUCUGAACACUAAACAGAAAUAACCAAGUUUGUCAGUGCUGAGAAUGGAGACAUUUUGGUAGACAGAGUGGCCUUCUCUUUCCCAUAUAAUCCCUAAAAUAUGUUUAAGAGGGAUGGUUUUAAGAUUUCCUUAGUUAAACUUCUAGUUCACUGACAGGGAAUUUUCUGUCUUUCUAUAGCAGGUAGUUGUAAAGCAUCCAUCACUGCAGCUUUUAGUACCAGUUUCUUUAGUAUCGUGUGUUAGAUAGAUAUCUACUCAAAAGGAAAGGAUCUAGAGCUUAAAGCCCAGGCAGACCAUGAAGAGAGGAUUAAACUCUGUAAAAGAUGUCACCCUGCCUGAUUGUGCCACUCCUGGAGGGGAAAAAGUUUUGAAGAGUGUUAUGUAGCAGUUCUUCUGUGUCAUUUUGUGAGGAUGAUUUACACGGGAGAAGAUUAUUCCACCUCCAGAGGGGUUACUAACUUUAAGAUAUUUCUGUAGAGACUGGAAGGACCUUCUGAGUGUGGUAUCUGUCAAGUUCCAGGGUGCACAUAAAUGCAGCCAACUUCCUUGACUACUGCAGAUCAGUUCUGAGCUGGGCACGCUUCACAACCCUUGUAUGCUUUGAGGCUGCUGGAUCCCAGGUUGUCAGCAGCUUGCAGGUCUUGGGUGGCUGUGGUGUGAGUGAGUUGGAUGAACAUAAGUAAGGGUUCAUGAAAGUAUUCACGAUAGACCAAAUCUUUCAUAAAACCAUGACUGAAUUAAAUUUGACAUCUACAGUUUGAGGUUUGCUUUUGUUUGUUUAAAAUAAAAAGUGUUUCUGUGUUACAUGUGUAACAAAAGAUACCCUCAGGAAGGAACCUGCCAGUGCAUAUUUUUGUAUGGUACUUUCUUGUAACCAGCUGGUGGAGUGUUUGUAGACUUGCCUUUUGCUCCCUUUCCUACAAUGGCUUGGGGUUUUCUUUGGUUUCGAGGGAGGGUUUUUUGUUUGUUUUAGGGGGGGGCGUGCUGGUUUGGGGUUUGCUUGUUUUUUUUUAGUGGGUGGUGGGAAAGAAGCAAUGAUGUUAAAACUGGGUUAGUAACUCAAGACCUUUCAAACUAUGUUUACAUGAAUCUGAGUGUUGGAUCCAAUGGAAAUGUCUGUAUGCUGAUUCCUAGUUAGAACAUCAAAUGAGAAUUUUAUUUUCCUGGCUGCCUUCUGAAUUUUGGUUGGCCUAUUUUGCACUGCUUUAUUUCUCCAAAAUAAACUACUGAAAUAUAAUUGUGCAUUUUAAACUUGUUUACAAAUGAUUGUUAGAAUUUUAUUUUGUAAUUCUCUGAAGGCUUGCAGAAAUACUAUAUUUAAAUAUUAUUCCAGAUCUUGGCAGUAACUAGAAAACAAAUUUAGGUCAUUGGUGUGAUCAGUGACUUUUUUCCCAUAGCCUGUAAUUUAUUUUUUUAUUUAUCAGAUAUAUUGGUAUCGCUUUAAUUUAGCAGGUGCAGAAAUGCAGGCACCUGUUGUGAUGUGGCAUUACAGUAGAGUUUUCACAGAAAUUACCAUGCAAUUGCUGUACUACUAUAUUUCCUUGCAGAAAUUAUUGUUAUGGCUCAUAUAUUAGAAUGUUGCUAAUCACAGGGGCAAAUUGGGAGACCAACUUUUAUAAGACAAACCUGUAAAUUACCAAGUAUUCAGACACAGAAUUAUAUUAUUACAGAACGUUGGAGCAUGCGUGUGUUAUUAAGCCUGUGCUGAAGUGCUUUUCUUAAUUGCUGCCUCAUUUGGUAAGUUCAGGAUAGUUUUGGUUUAAGAUAAGCUUCACAGUAAGUUAGUUAAUACUCUGUAAUCUUGUCAUCUUUUGUGAAAGUAGAAGAGUCUAGUAGUAUUAGACCAUACCUGAAUGCCCUUGCUCUUAAAAUUGCAGACAAUCUAAGGAAGAUUUUCCGUAAUGCCUGUUUGAAUUCUGCCAUUGUGGGUUAGAAAAGGUUCUGCUGUGUUUUUAGAGGCUUUGUUGGUGGGAGCAAUUAUAUUGAAAUUACAUGGUCACCAGUUAGCUUCUUAGGCAUAUAUUUCUGUUGUGCUUCACUGCUGGAAAUCCACAAGAGCACCAUUAGCCUGACUGAAAUUUUUCCAGGGUUUGUGUCAGUGUGAUGGAGGAGAUGGGACUCUAGCUUCCACUAUAAUUAUGUAAUUGGCUUAAGCAGGUGAAAAGUUUUCCCUGUUGAAGAGAUCUUGGGUGGUAUUAUUAUGGCCUGCAAUGUAAAGCCAUCCCCGUCCUCCUUCCCUGCUAGCUGACUUUGCCAUGUUAUGCUUGGGUUUGUAAUGACUGUACUAGAACAUCCUGGUUGUUCCGUGAAGACCAGCUGCAGAAACGCAGCCUAACUGGGAGCGUCAGCGCUCACACGUGAUUUGUGUAACACAGAACUACCCCUGCGCCUAUGCUGCUUUGCCUUUGCUAACCACACGACUGACUGUUCAACCUUUGUGCUGUAGGAGCUGAUUGACCAGGCUGCUCACUAGAUAGGAUGCAGUAUUUUUAUUAAUGCUAUUCAGAUGUUGGAAUGAUAAAUCUGCUUGAAGAUCUCCAUCCUCAGUGUGGGAGGAAUGUGUGUGCAGAGGAGGUCUGCAGCAGGUUGCUCAGAUGGAAAACGACUGGUUUAAUUUGUUCUCAUUAUAGAUGAGUAUGCAUUAAGAAGCCAACUCUGAGGCUUAUUGAGGUAAUGAAGAUUGCUCAAGAUAAAGCUGUAAAUUCUCCAGAUUAACUGCAGGUAGUGUCUAGCCAGGGAACAACUAGGUGGGAUAGUUGGUAGAUAACAGAGGCAGGAUACAGUCCAAAGGCAACAGAACACAUCAGGCCAGAGCUGUUUGAAUUGGCUGGCAUAAAAACAGUGAAAGAAAGGAAAAAUGCUUAUAUUGUUUUCAUCCAAUGAAAAAAUGCAGGCUUAUCAAUUCUUGGACUAACACUAGUUUCCCAAAGUCUUUGUGUGGCAGCAGUGACAAGUGAGUCAGGCCUUUUCACAGUCUUGCAGCCUUGCCUUCCACAGCUGUGCAGAAAAUCUUGGAUUUUUAUUUUUUUUUAGUGAAUAGAGUCUAUAUUGAGUUUAUAGCAGUCUACCUAUAUGCACACUUGCAGGAGUUAACUUGCAUUACUCCAUUAAUUUUUUUCCUCUCUCCGUUUUAGUAAGAGGUGUAUUGAUUUCUGUAUUCAGUAUACAAUUACGAUGUUGCAGCCGUGUGUUUUGUAAUUAGGAGUAUGUGAAAAUGCUUUCAGUAGAUUAAGAUAUUUCCUUUAAUAUGAUCUCCUCUUGCUUUCAUAGAUAAAUGGAUACACCAUUGCAGAUCACAUUGCUGAUUUUAUUUGUAAUACUGCUUCAAUAUUAAUUUCAGAGGAAUGUAACCUCCAGAAAAGUACUUUCCACAUCUUCACUACCUUUCCUUUCCCUGUUCACUCUGUGGAUCCAGGCCAUCAACACUUGAGCUAUUGACCAACUGCGUUUCAGAUCCCUCAUGAUUUCGGACAUGUUUACGUGGCCACAAAAAUUAUUCAAGGUGGUUUAAUUUUGAGAGGAUCCAGGUACAAAUGGAAAUGUUAGAGUGAUUCCUCAGCAACACAAGCACAGUAGCAUCUGUAGCAAAUAAAGGGAAUUGUUCUCACUGUGCGCAUACAGGUGGCUGUUUGGGUCUGGUCCACCUUUGCUGCUGUGGCAGUUUUCCUGUGGAACUGAAAAAUCCACUCUAUCUGUGAUGUCAUGCACACCAGUGGCCCAGAGUUUCACUCUAUGGGUUUUUAACGGCAAUCUGAGGGGAUGUUUUUUCUCUUCACUUGCCUUAGGCCGAAUCCACUGGGGCUGACACUAGCAGAUGUCUGGGGACCACAUGAGCUCAUUAGCAGGUGUCCUUGCCCAGCAUGCCAUGAACUUACAGAGGGCUCCCAAUGCAUUGGGAAUUUUCUGUUGAUGGCCUGGAAAUCUCUUUAAACUCCAGAAAUAGCUGAAACAGCAAAUGGAGUUCAUGAAAAUCAGGUCUUCCUAUUCCAUCCUUUUUAAGGAAACCCAUGUUUAAUUUCCUCUUUUGUUCUUUACACUUUAUAGUUUUUAGAUAUAAAUUAUUUUAACAUUUUUUUUGUGUGAAAAGUCAUAUAUACAUAUAUAAAGUUAUUAAAAGGUUGAGUAUAUGUUGCAUAUAAAAUAGUGACUUCUUUGUUUCAAAUGUUAGCAGCCCCUAAAAAUGAAUUGUCUAUCCUCUUGUAAAGUCAGUGCUGUAAAAAAAAAAA